AUGCCUAGAAAGAAGAGGAAAUAUGUUCCCAAGGUGAAGGGUUGUUAUGAAUGUUCUCAACGCCGCAUCGACUGCGAUGGGACGAAACCCAGUUGCACGAAGUGCACCACACGUGGUAUUUCGUGUAGCGGUUUUGGUCCCACGUAUAAGUUUCUUGACGGCUUUUCUUCAAGGCGCAAGUCGUCCUCGGCGGGGAACAGAAGUACUCAGUUAAAGGACGCCCUGGCGCAAUCAUCAGCGAAUCCGCCAUUUCCAUUGCGACACAACCGGAAACAACAGGCUGCUAUAGAACAAAGAGAAUCCUACGAUGACUGGGAUGAGAUUUAUUGGGCCAUCUCAGCUUCAGAACUCGAUGGCAGCCAACAACAACUACCUUUACCCGAUGCAAUCGACGUCUCCUGGUUAGCAAUUCCUCCAAACGAGGAUAGCGUCGAUAGCGGAGGUAUUGAAAUUCAAAAUGAGAAAUUCGAUGAAGAGGCUGAGGAAGAGAUAUUCUCUCCUUCAAUGAUGGAAGUCCUAGAUUCCGAAGUGUCACGGAGGUCCCUUACACCAGUAGAUUUGAGUAUACUUGAGCCAUGGAAAGAGUUUCUGCUCACACACUUCUCAGAAGCUAUCGCGCCAGAAAUGGUAGUGGUCGACGAUUGUUUUAAUGGCUGGAGACAUAUUAUCCUGCCUAUGGCUUGGUCUAGCGAGAUGAUCAUGGACUCCGUGUUAGCCGUUUCUGCGUUCCAUAUUGCCGGAAGAGUUGCUGUUCAGCCGGUGGUCGAUCCGGGCCGUCUCUAUGCUCGCGCAAUCAAUCAGUUGCUGAAACGGAAAGACCUGGUGAAUGGGGAUGAAGAAGCGAAACUGCUAGUUGUUCUAGCCAUUGUAGUUCUCCUCGUUUCGGUCAUGGUCAACGGAUUGCCAGAUUUCCCUAUCGUCUUCCAGAUGUUGGAAUCAGCACUCAACGCAAUGGGCGGAGAAAAUGUACUCGUUGGUGGAGGAGAGAUGGGUAGUUUUCUACUCAGGCAAAUUCACAAGAUGCGAGUAUAUGCGGCACCGCUUCUUAGCCUCGAUGCCGGGGUAAACGCCAUCAUGUACCAUGCACAAGAGAGCUUCGACUGCUUGUACUACUACCACAACCUGUAUCCUGACUACUGCUCCACAUUCGACCUUAUUGCAGAUCUUCGGCAGCAAGCAUUCAAAAUUUACUUGCACCGGGUCUUGGCGGACGGGAGCGGAGACCACUCAUCAGAAGAAUUAAUACAGACUUACCAGAAAAGCCUGGAUUCAUUUACAGAAGGAUCCUUUGGCGAACAUGUCCUCGUUUGGCCUACAUUUAUUGUUGCGCUAGAGUGCCACAAUCGUGAGCAGCAAUCAUUCUUUGAACGAUUUCUGCUCCGGAAUUACCAUCGCAACAAAUUUAUGAAUAUCUUGAGGGCGUUGGACUUGCUAAGAAAAGUCUGGAAUAUGAAUGAAAACGAGAAAAAUUGGCCAGCGUUGAUUCCUGGAAUGCGGGUGUUCAUCAUGUAG